AGAGGUACAGAAGGUAAAUAUGUCCGAUAUAGAUAGACCUACUUCUCCCAACGGUGGAACAGGAGCUUCUUCAGCUUUCGCAGUUGCCAGACCUCACGGUGCUAAUGCUGUUCGACGUCGAGCAGCAGCGGCUCCUCGACCUAACUCUGCUAGGGCUGCAGGAGCGGGAGGAUCAAGUAAUACAAUGUUAAAACUUUAUACCGAUUCGGGCGAUGCUGGAUUGAAAGUCGAUCCAUUCGUCGUUAUCGUCCUCUCACUCUCUUUCAUAGCAUCCAUCUUUUUCCUCCAUAUAGCCGCAAAAGUCGUGAGGGCCAUUACCAAGUGAUUCAUCUCACCCUCCUCCCCUCCUCCCCUCCUCCCCUCCUCGCGGAGACUAUAGGGUGUCCCUGCAUGCUGCAUAUUGCUUUCAAGGCAACUGCUUUCGAGAGUGGUCGUGGAGAAUAUCAUUCCACAAAGCGACGCAAGGAACAAAAAUGGGGAUAUCGAGGAAAAUAUGAUGCAUUGUGUACAACAUCG